UUGUUUCUUGUUUCCUCCAUUACUGAAUAAAAAAUUCCAGAGCAAGAAAAUCGGCUCCAUCGCCACAUCAAAGACACGGACAAAAGAUGAUACUUCGAAUGAAUUUGAAUCGACUCUCCAUCUGCACUCACUCGCUCUCGCCAAGAAUUUCUUCGUGGACUACGAGCUCUCUAGCGGCAAAGACAGGCUACCUGAAAUCACCAUCGCGAAUGGCGUAUUCUGCUCCAUCUGGUGCUGCCUAUACGACGUCUUCAGGGGAGGCGUCGCCUUUGAAGGAUAAUAAGCUCUUGUUUCGUCAACUGUUCGAGAAGGAAUCGUCUACCUACACGUAUUUGCUGGCAGACGUGGCUCACCCCGAUAAGCCUGCUCUGUUGAUUGAUCCAGUUGACAAGACUGUAGAGAGGGACCUCUCCCUCGUGAAAGAGCUAGGAUUGAAGCUAAUUUAUGCUAUAAACACUCAUGUUCAUGCUGACCAUGUCACUGGUACUGGUCUGUUGAAGACUAAGUUUCCUGGUGUAAAAUCUGUGAUAUCAAGAGCUAGCAAUUCAAAAGCUGAUCUUCAUAUUGAAGCUGGUGAUAAAAUAUAUUUUGGUGGUCUGUUUCUUGAGGUUCGUGCUACUCCUGGACAUACUCUAGGUUGUGUGACAUAUGUUACUGGAGAUGGCCCUGAUCAGCCCCAACCAAGGAUGGCUUUCACGGGUGAUGCCUUACUGAUACGUGGGUGCGGGAGAACUGAUUUUCAGGGAGGAAGUUCUGAGCAACUCUAUAAAUCAGUGCAUUCGCAGAUUUUCACGCUGCCCAAGGAUACUUUCAUCUUUCCUGCUCAUGAUUACAAGGGAUUCACCGUUAGCACCGUAGGUGAGGAGAUACUGUAUAAUCCAAGGCUUACAAAGGAUGGGGAAACAUUCAAGAAUAUCAUGGAAAAUCUAAACCUCCCGUAUCCAAAAAUGAUUGAUGUAGCUGUUCCUGCAAAUAUGGUUUGUGGGCUGCAAGAUCUGUCAGCUAAGAAUGUUGAGGCCAUGGCAAAUUAGAUAUGGAAAGGCAGAUGUUCUCAUUUCACUCACUGCCAAAUUCUCUUAUGUUAUUUUGUGUGUCGUGAACUUACUCAGCAGAUAGAAGAAAAUAACACUCGUGGAAUAAGAGAAUAAUUGAGCUAGUUACCAUCUGGCAUCAACGAUGAACAAUAGAUAUUUCAUACCAUGUAAACUUUACAUUCACAAUGUACCAUGUAAGUAAGGCUGGCUACCCAGGGGGGCUCUUGCUACAUACCACUGUGUAUGAGUUUGAAGUUUGAAUCCAAUAAAUUUGAGCUUGGUCACCGAGGGAUCCUGAUGAUUUGAUCUUGAAUUUUUCUCUGUGCUACACCCUGGCCAGUUGGCUAGCCAGGAAAUUUCUUGGGAAACAUGUUGACCUUCUUUAUAAUAUGAUUUGAAUCUUAUAAA